AUGAUGCAAAGCUCAGCACUCACUACAGAAGGUUCUGUCAAGGGGCUUCCAGAGAUUCUUGGUGUACCAAUGCAACAGAUUCCCCAGUGCGCUGGCUGCAACCAGCACAUCCUGGAUAAGUUCAUCCUGAAAGUCCUCGACAGGCACUGGCACAGCUCCUGCCUCAAGUGCGCAGACUGCCAGAUGCAGCUAGUGGACAGGUGCUUCUCCAGAGCCGGGAGCGUCUACUGUAAGGAAGACUUCUUCAAGCGUUUUGGUACGAAAUGCACGGCCUGUCAGCAAGGAAUCCCCCCUACCCAGGUGGUACGGAAAGCCCAGGACUUUGUCUAUCACCUGCACUGCUUUGCCUGUAUCAUCUGCAACCGCCAGCUGGCCACAGGCGAUGAAUUCUACCUCAUGGAAGAUGGGCGCCUGGUGUGCAAGGAGGACUACGAGACAGCCAAGCAGAACGAUGAUUCAGAAGCUGGAGCCAAGAGGCCACGAACCACCAUCACAGCCAAACAGUUGGAAACGUUAAAAAAUGCCUAUAAAAACUCCCCCAAACCCGCCAGGCACGUGCGGGAGCAGCUGUCCUCGGAGACAGGGCUGGACAUGAGAGUGGUGCAGGUCUGGUUUCAAAACAGGCGGGCCAAAGAAAAACGGCUCAAGAAGGAUGCUGGGCGGCACCGCUGGGGCCAGUUCUACAAGAGCGUGAAGAGGACCCGCGGGGGCAGCAAACACGAGAAGGAGAGCUCUGCGGAGGACUGUGGGGUUAGUGACAGUGAGCUGAGCUUCCGAGAAGAUCAGAUCCUCUCUGAGCUUGGCCACACCAAUAGAAUUUACAGCAAUGUUGGGGAUGUUGCUAGUGGACAGUUAAUGAACGGAAGCUUCUCCAUGGAUGGGACAGGACAAUCUUACCAGGACUUGAGGGAUGGAAGCCCCUAUGGAAUUCCUCAGUCUCCAUCUUCCAUAUCGUCCCUUCCUGCCCAUACUCCAUUGCUCAAUGGUCUGGAUUACACAAUGGACACUAAUUUGGGAAUUAUAGCACAUGGAGGGCAGGGGGUGAGCCAGACACUCAGAGCAAUGGCUGGGGGACCAACCUCUGAUAUUUCUACAGGAAGCAGUGUAGGCUAUCCAGACUUUCCAACAAGUCCUGCUUCUUGGCUUGAUGAAAUGGAUCAUCCUCCUUUUUAAAUAUCUCCUGCUUCCCACCCCGUCCCACUCAUUCUUUUGGCCUGAAAGUGUGCUCAAACUAGCAAAAGAGACAACAAGCGACCUUCAAGAAUCCCAGACAUAUUGCACAGGAAAAUUUCCAUUAUUUUCAAUGGGAAUC